CGAACCCGAAGAGGCUGCGACCCAGUCUGAUCUCGAGGAGAGCGCUGAAGAGUAUCACCAGCCGCAGCAUCCACCACCUGUUCCCCACGCUGCGCCGAUUCCUGAGUCUCAAGAUGAGCAGUAUGAGAGCGGUGAAGUCCCCGAGACUGAAGCCGCUGCAGAGUAUGCGGCUGAGCCAGCUGCUGCCACCGAGAGGGCUGAGGAGGAGGACGGUGAAGAAGAAGAGGAAGAGGAGGAGGAAGAGGAGGGGGAAGAGGAGAUUGAUCCCGAGGUUGCUCGACGAAUGGCUAUUCGGGAACGCAUGGCCAAGAUGUCCGGCGGAAUGGGUAUGCCAUUUGCCCUACCAGGUGUCGGAGCGCCGAUGGGUAUGCCAAUGGGUAUGCCGAUGGGUAUGGGUGGAUUCCCCCCCAAGUCGACGCCAAAGCAUGCACCUGAAUCGCAUAAGAAGGAGAAGCAGCCGGAAGAUGACGGUGGAAGAAGAGGAAGAGCAGUCCGAAGCAGAGCAGGAAGAAGUUGACGAUGUCCCGGCGCCUAACUCUACAUUGAGCGCACCUGUUGCUGAGACUGCUGCACCACCACCUGUGCCAGUAUCGCGCCAUGCAACGGGAGAACCUGUCCCGGUGUCGCGCCACGCGACUGGAGAGUCUACCGUACCGGCUAUAGUACAGAGAACUGCUUCUCUUGAUAUAUCUGAUUCCGCGCCGCCUCCACCAGCAGCCGCGCCUGUAGCGACCCCGGCACCUGCGACUACUGCUUCUGCGCCUCCGCCUCCGCCCGCUCGUGCUCCUACGUACACCGAAUCCUCCGACGAAGAGGAAGAGGAAGAUGAGGACGACUAUCCCGAGCCAGAGGUUCCGGCGCCAGUACAUGAGCGCGCAGUGCCGCCUCCCCCGCCGACCUCGGCUCCGCGCCCUGUGUCGGCCGUUCCCCCACCGAUCCCAACUUCACCCCCGGCUACGUCUGUGGCUGCAGUUCCGCCACCAGUGCCGGUGCACCAGCAGUCUGUCUCUCAUGCUACUGCUCCUCCGCCCCCACCUGCAAGCACGCUACCCCCUCCGCCGCCCGUCCCUGUGGCUACUGCUCCUCCAGUGCCGCCGGUGCCGAGUGUGCCACCUACUGCUCCGCCGGCAGAACGCAGUCUGCAUCGGCAUUCGAGCUCGCAGAGCCGGCCUACUGUUGCAUCGUACGACGACAGCGAUGAGGAAGAAUACGGAGCGGAGGACACGUACGACAGCACCGCGUACCAGAGCAGCGUGGGUGUUGCGCGAGGCUACGCUGCCUCGCCUCCUCCGCCGGUCAACUACGCGCCGCCUCUACCUCCUGCCACAAGCCCUCCCGCACACUACGCGCCCCCUCCGCCGACGACGCCGGCACCUGUGCCGCAUCCGAGCAGUAGAGGAUCCUACGAGUCGCCGCGUCGUUCGAGCGAGCAAACCACUUCGCGUCGGUCGAUGGACAAAUCGUCGGCGCGCCGAUCGAUGAUGGUGUCAGAUCCGCGCCGGUCGAUGGAGUCCUCCUACGACGCUUUCACAGCGCGGGACCUCGAGCUCAACGAGCCUGCGCAAUGGUGGGCGGAGCCCGAGGCUGUGCCGCCUCUGAUUGCGAGCAAAGCCGGUCGCGGCGAACUAUACUACGAAGUCGAAGAAAGCUACCACUCGCGCCGCGGCCGCGGCGUCGUGAUGCGGACGAUUUACGUGCUGUACGGCGACUACUCGCAGAGCCAGAUCAAGGUCAGUUUCGAGCGCGAGAACCCCGCGCGCGCAAAGUUCGAGCAGACGCACAGCGCGCCGCCGCCGAGUGCGCGCAAGGAGCAGCUCGAGAGCUGGUACGGGCGGUACGGGCGCGCGGCGACGAAGAUUGCGAACGACGCGCUCGCGGCAGGGAAGGUUGUCGGCGACGGGUCGUCGAGUGCGUUUGUGGGCGCGGUGAUUGGCAAGCUUGGCGAGGGCGUGCUGCCGGCUGCGGGGAGCAGGUCGUUUGGCGAGGUUGUGUAUAGUAAUCUUGCGAACGCGAGUGUUGUGCAGACGGACGAGAUCCGGGCGGGCGAUGUGAUUACGUUUAAGAACGCGAGGUUUCAGGGCCACAAGGGGGGGUUGCAUCAAAAGUACUCUGCCGACGUGGGCGGGUCGGGCGCGGAUGUGGUGAGUGCGAUCGUGAGCGAGUGGGAUGGAACGAAGAGGAAGGUGAGGGUGAUUGGACAGAUGAGCACGAAGGAAGGAGGAAAGGGUAAAGGUGUCCGAGGAGAAAGUUAUCGACUUGGAGAUUUGAAGAGCGGAGAGGUCAUGGUGUGGAGAAUUGUUGGACGAGAGUACGUCGGAUGGAAUGACGAUGGUGACUUUUGAAGAGGCACCUCUUUGAAAAGUCGCAGCUUCAUUUUGUAGCAAACCAGUUUACGUUUUGUUUUCUUUUGUCUAUUUUUAUUUCAUUCUUCAUUCAUAUCAGUACAUUAAAUGUAUUUACUGAGAAAAUAUCU